AUGCCUCCAUCACAGCGUCAGAGCCUUGGGAGCACCGUCAGCGACACGUCGAACGGCCAGGGGUUCGUCAAUCCCAUGCACUUGAUCUGGCCAACCGUGUCGCCUCAACAGCGAAGCCUCCAGCCAGCAGUAGACAAGCAUAAUGAUGUUGUUAAUAUUACCCACUGUGACAUGCGCGGGACAGAACUCAUGGGGCUGGAGGAAGCCGAUCAGGAUAAGGUCGAUACAACAGACUUCAUGAUGGUCGAUUUUGGCUGCAGUGACAAUUCGAGCGGAGCGACAACUAGUCCUGACCAGCAAGAAAAUAUAGCCAUGGCGGGUUCCACCGGGAGGACAGAUGUUUUCAAUCAAUCAUCACAGAGCCAUAUUUUAGACGACAUGCAGAGUCCCCUAAAGGAUUCCAUGAAUUUCUGCGCUGCCCUAAUCGAACACUACCAUUCAUUUAAACACGCCCACCGCAAUCCUCCACAUGACAGUUCGCCAAAAUUAAUAGAGAAGUCAAUUCAAAACGCCUUGGAUCACACCUCGCGGCUCUUGAAGAUCCUCGAAAAGCUAACGGCGGCUGAGACACCGGCACACCGGCGACAGAUGAGCCGUCAGAGCACGGACGAUGGUGGCUCAUCACCCGGAUCUGCCUUUGACAGCGGCAUUUCCUCGAACCUGCCUACAAGGCCACAACAGAACCAAGGGCCCCUUAUGCAGGGAUCUAUGCCCACAAACCACACAGCAUAUGCUGGCUCCGGCUGCAAUGACUCGACCACCUCAAGCACUUCCUCAAAACACGAAAGCUACGACGUCCUCCUCAUGACGACUCUCGUCACAUCCUACGUCUACCUGAUACGCAUGUGGCGUUCGGUAUUCUCACUACUUCACCACCACCUCCUCCUCCCUACGACGCCGGGACAUAUCCGCAACCUCCUGAUGCUGCCGAGCCUGGAGUUGGGCGGCUUCCGAAUCCUCAAUAGUCCAAGCAUCCAAAUUCGGGUAUUAUUCGAACUGCGAACCGAUCUGUUCCAGCAAAUAGAGGGAAUGCUUGGCAUUGGCAAUGCAGGGGCAUAUGGCCGGUACGGCGAGGACAGGGAGCAGAAGGGCCAGGUCCUCUGCGGGAACCCCUUCGCGGGAUUAAUUCGGGAGACCCUUCUGCACCAGGAGCAGAUGCGGGCAGCGACGGAGGAUGGCACCGGAGACCUGUCGCUCAAAGAUAUUACGACAAAGGUGAAGCAGCUCCUAGAUUCACAGGGUUAG